UGAAAGAGGAGCUUGAGGAUCAACAGGCAGUCUGACAGGCAUUCUGCUGCUUUCUCUGCAACACUCUCGGACUUUUGGAAAGUCUUUGAAGAAUGGAAGUGACUCCAGUUACUUUUCUAUCAGGAUGGCUAACUGUCAUGUGGAUGAACUGCAGUCAACUCCUGCUGUUAAAGCUGUAAACAUGGCAAAACCGUCAGCACAGAGCCUGGGGAGGCUGUCUGUAGAGGAUUAUCAGGACCAGAAAAUGGAAAAACUUUCUGCGUGAGAAGGAAGAAACUCCUGCAAAGAUGAAUCCAGAAUCUCUGGACUCGUCCAUCCAGAGCGCCCUCUCGGCCCUCUUCCCACCCUUCGAUGCCACAGCUCCCAUCGUCCUCAGCCAGCUGUUUCGCACAAUCGAUGAACGUUACCACGGUGAUGCGUUACAGUGCCUCCUGGACUUCCUCAUCCCCUCUAAACACCUGCUGGAGAGCGUUCAACAGGCAGCUUGUGCUGGAUACUCUGAUGUGGUUUUCCGCUGUGAAGGCUGGCCUCUGUGUCUCCAUGACAAAACCGUCAUCCAGUUGGCCCCUGUGAACCCUUUGCUACUGCGUCCAGGAGACUUCUACCUGCAGGUGGAACCUUUCGGAGACCAAGCGGCUCGUAUUGUCCUCAAAAGUCUUCUGGAGGAGGGCUGUCGAGAAGUGGAGGAGACCCCUGUCCCUGAGACUUCCUAUCCAUGCAUUUUCACUGAAGAAUGGCUGCAGGACAUUAAUGAAGGACGGCAUGGGACUCCUCUGUCACGCUGCCUGCUUUGCACAGAUCAAGGAGUUAUCAAGUUACCCUGGGCUCAAAUUGCCAUCCCCGAGUUCUUAGAUAAGCCUAAAGUGAUGCACAUGUAUCGGGAAUCUCCUCCUGAACCAAAACAGACUUCAGCUCCCUCCCAUUUUAACUCCUCCACCCUCCCUGUGGAAGCCAUAUUUCUGCCUUCAAAAGACAGGAUGUCCGCCUCUUUGAGACCUGCAGACUCUUCAAAACUCCUCAAAAUGGACCAGGCAAGACGACUUCCAAAGUCCUGCGCCAAACCUUUAAUCAAACCAGUGGGGUGGGUUUCUCCUAACACCUGGGACAGACCCAGCUAUCGAGAGAUUGAGGGUGAUUACGUAGACCUGGUGGAUGUCGCAAAAGAGAAGGACCAAUCAAAUCCACCCAGUUCAGUUUUGUUCAAACCAGUCAGACCUCCUCCACCUGUGCCACUUGGGAACCCUUGUGGACUCACAAAGCUGGGACAUGAGCAAACAGAAGAAGAUUUGAAGUGUCGGUACAGAGACUCAUAUGUGGCAGCACUGAAAAACCCUGUAGCUUUUGAGAGAGGGAGCAUGGACCUCCUGGCUGCUUUGGAGGAGGUCGGCCUCUGUGAAGAGGUUGAGUUAAGAUCUAAAGGUGCAUUUGAUGCACAAAAGCAUGAACUUGGACACUUUUGUAACCACUGUAAUAAACCUCUGAUGAGUGAUGGACUCAGACAUGGAUGUGAAACCAAACCAGAAGUCUUUGCCUCCCAGCUCCAAGACCCACAUCCGACAGAAAACCUUAUGAAGGAACCACCCAUGGUUUUAAAAUCCACCCCUGGUUUGAGUUACAGCCAGAAGGUUCACAUGAAACUUAUCUCCCACCAAUCUGGACAUAAUCCUCCUGCUUAUCCAGGACCAGAAGACUUUCUGGAGAACUGUCAUGGUGACUUUAAGCCACAUGAAAAUGUAGAGGUUGUAAAGCCAUCAGGGAAACACAAAGUUAAGGUCAGGUCUCUGUCCACUGUGUCAGAAACCUCUAAAGGGAGUCCACCUCUCUAUAAACUCAACAACAGGAGCCACAGCGACAUCUGCCCUGAAACAAUAAGCAGCAUGAUGCAGUGUAAGAAAGGGGAAGUGAUGGAUCAGGUGACUCAGAAACUGGAGAAGAGAAAGUCAGCAAAAAAAGACUCUCAGUCACCUAAGAGUGAGACUCCUUCCACUGCAGAUGGACCAGACUACCAGCUCCAUAAUUUAAAGAUAGAAAAGCCACCCUCUCCACAAGUUCCACAUCCGUCUGCAAGUUCUGACACGCCACUCUCCACUCAAACAGAGGAAUCAAGUUUCAGCCGCAUCAGUGGUCUGCUUGAACUGGGCAUUAUCUGUUUACCAGGCAGCAGGGACAGGACAGGCAGGGCGGUCGUGGAGGUCCAUGCUGGCAGACAGGAGUGGAAUUCCCCUCUGGUGUCCGCCCAGAGUCUUUGUGAAUUACUGCUCUACCUACACUCCAUUCCAAGGAAAGAAGUUCAAGAAUUGGGAAUGACUUUAGUCAUCAAUGCCAGGAAGAAGCCUCCUUCACUUUACUUCUACAGAGCUCUGCUGAUGGCCCAGGAGCAAGCUCUCCAUGCUGUCCACAGCAUCAUCAUGUUGGUGGAUAAAGACACUUCUCCCCGACCAGAGAAACAGCCAGGGUUACAGAUGGACAUGGUGACGUCUAUGAAAUCUCUCCAUAAGACGGUGGAAGCCUCCCAGCUGACGUCUGACCUGGGUGGGACGUUCACUUACAGUCACAGCGACUGGCUGCAGUUCCAUCAGAGGCUGGUUUCAUUCAUGACUGACCUGCGGGGGGCUGACUGCCUGUUGCAGAGGGCCAUCAAGAAGGUGGACGGCAGUAAAACCUUAGACACUGCACAGGAGGUGCAGCAGUGCAUUCAUGAACAGAGGGCUUCAAUGAAAGAAGUGCUGGAAGACACUCGGCUGGUCACUCUGCAGAGGGAGGGAGGGGCUUUACUGGCCAGGAUGAGAAAAGAGGAGUUCAGGUUCCCACAGUCUGAGGACUACAGAGAUUCUCUUGACUCAGUGACCAGUCUGUAUAACCAGGUGGAGGAGAAACUCCACAUGCUGGUAAUGAGAUCAAACGAGUCGCUGCAGCAGCUGGAGUUCCUCUUCAGACUCCGAGAGAUGGAGGCCAAACUUAGCACGGCUGGGAUGUGGUUCAGUGCAGACGGGGAGCAGAGGCUGAAGGACUCUUAUGCAACAGAUGAUACCCUGGUGUGCACUGAAACGGCUAUGCAGCACUUUGAUCUGUUUCUCAAAGACUCAAAGGAGAAGCAGCAGCAGGCCUUGGCAUUAGUGACGGAGGCAGAGGGGAUAGUUGCCACCGGGGAUUCCUCUCCUGCAACAGACAUUUUUCGGACCCUGAUUAGCACUUUCAAAUCCAAUAUGGAGGAUUUUAUGUUGCGGGCAGAGCAGAGAAAGAAAGAACUGAAUGCACUGAUGCAUGUGCAGCGCUUCUGUGCACAGGCUUCUGCCCUGGCCAAAGAAUGCAGUCAUUUUCUGGAGAAGGUAGAGCCGGGGUGUUACUCGGCUCAGACCCUGAGCACACUCCAGAUGUUUGAGGAGAGAUUAGGUGGUGAAUUCUCCACCCAACACUUCCAGGCUGUGAGAGCUCAGGCCUGUGCCGUGGGAUCGGGGGCCUCAGGGGCGAUGAGAAUGUGGAAUGCAGCCUGGGUCCUGUGCCAAGAAGUCAGGCAGCAUCUUGAGGAGAUUCAGAAGAAUAAGAAAGGCGUAGAUAAGAACCAGAUCCAGCAGAAUGCAGCUGGGAACCCUCAAGGGGAAAACAGGGGACCGGAUAAGAUGGAGAGGAGGAGAGAGAGGGGGGAGGACGAAUGCUCCGUGACCCAGCAGCUAACCUCUCAAACAGAGGGAGUCAAUACCUCAGAAAGAGAAGGAGUAACCACUACUGCUGAACCCAUCAACCACUAUUUAAAAAGUGUGGAAAAGGAGAAAAUAACUCCCAUAUCUCCACAAAACAACCACUGGAGUCCAGAAACCAAACAAAAACCAAGGGAGCACCACAGCGAGGCAGAUCUGAGGAGUCCAGGCCCACCUGAGGGGGGCGAUGGUUUUCCCCCGCACCAACGUUUGGGUCGGUCCCUGAGCGAGGGCUCAUGUGUGAGCUCUCGCUUGUCGAUUCUCUCCAGCUUCUCCCCUUUGAAUGUGAGACACAGACACUGUCAGAACAGGACACAACCACUGGAACAGAAUCUCAACUUCAUCCAAAACCUGCCAGCGUCCCAGAACAAGAGUUUAUGGUCAGGAAACCUGAACUGGGAGGCAAAAGGAGACAGCAAUGAGGAGGCGGAUGAAGGGAGUAAAGAGUUCAACAAGGGUUCUACAGAUUUGAGGACUCCAGAGACAUUACUCACACCAACAGAGAACAAUGGCGAUAAUGUUUUGAAGCUGCGGAUGAUCAUGGAGGAGCUGCUCUCCACUGAGAGGGAGUACGUAAAGGCUCUGGGCUAUGUUCGAGAGCACUACUUCCCUGAGCUGGAGAGGGCCGACGUCCCCCAGGAUCUCAGAGGCCAGAGGGGAAGCAUCUUUGGUAACUUAGAGAAACUCCACGACUUCCACAGACAUCAUUUCUUGAAUGAGUUGGAGAGCUGCAUGAAUGAACCCUUCAGGGUGGGACGCUGCUUCCUGAGACAUAGAGAGAGCUUUGCUCUGUAUGCCCUUUACAGCAAGAACAAACCACAGUCUGAUAGUCUUCUCAUUAAUCAUGGGCAGGCGUUCUUCAAGCAAAAGCAGCAGAAGCUGGGAGACAAGAUGGAUCUGUGGUCGUACCUGCUGAAGCCAGUGCAGCGGAUCAGUAAGUACAGCUUGCUGCUGCAGGACAUGAUGAGGGAAUGUGGACCUGCACAAACCAGAGAGAUGGCUGAGGUUAAGGCUGCACUGGAGGUCAUCCAUUUCCAGCUUCGUCAUGGCAACAACCUGCUGGCCAUGGAUGCCAUCCACCAGUGUGAUGUGAAUCUGAAGGAGCAGGGGCAAAUCAUACGUCAGGACGAGUUCUUGGUUACAUUCAGAAAGAAGAAGUGUCUCCGCCAUAUAUUCCUCUUUCAAGAACUCAUCCUCUUUAGCAAGACAAGGAGGACGGAUGUAGGAAAUGACACAUAUGUCUACAAGCAGUCAUUCAAGACAUCAGACAUAGGCAUGACACAAAACAGCGGCGACAGCGGCCUGUGCUUUGAGAUCUGGUUCAGGAAGAGGAAAACACAGGACACCUACACGCUGCAAGCAGCUAGCAGAGAGGUUAAGGAGGCCUGGACCAAAGAUCUGGAGAGGAUCCUUUGGGAUCAGGCAGUACACAACAGAGAGGUCCGUAUGCAGGAGCGAGUAUUCAUGGGUAUUGGGAACAAGCCUUUCAUGGACAUCAAGCCAAGUGAUGCUGCUAUCCAUGACAGAGCCGUCAACUAUGUUCUGAUGGGAAGAGAAAACAAGGUGAUGUCCUCUUCAGGGUCAUGCAGUUCACAGGAUGGACUCGAAGGACGGCCUAAAUCAGUCGGUUCAGGGAGCAGUUCAUCCUCGUCCUCUUCCUCUGGAAGGGGCUCCCUUCCCCCAGUUGGGUACCUGUGUGGGCCAAAGAGGAGGGUAGUGUCAGGAGGCCUUGGAGGGUAUGGAGUUUUGGAGGAGGAUGAUUUGGACCAUGAGAGUGGGAGUCACAACUUAUUGUUGGACAGCUCAGAGUCAUCAGGAGAGAGUGUGAGCGGCUUCAGCAGCUCCAGUCACAGCUACCACUCUGCAGUAGGAGGAGAGGUGGAGGACACCUCCUCUCUCUGCGCCUCCUCGAUGGCUGUGAAGGAGGCAGCAGCAGCUCAUGUUACUGAAGUCAUCCACAAACCAAGUGCUCUGGCAGGAUCCCCAGAAAAAACCCAACCACCAGUGGCACCAAAACCACAACACCAGGCCAAGGAAAUGCCCUGUGGCCAGGUUCAGAACACAAAUGUUGGAAAAACCACUGAGGUUUGACCUGCGAGUUACGGUACAAUAUUUUAAGGCUUGCAAGAAAUCCUGAGAGUACUCCAUUCAUGUCAGCGUUGAUCUAACCAGCUGUUACUGUAAUCCACUCUGUAAAUAGACGUUCCUCUUAAUCUCACCACUUAAACAAUAGGUCAGAAACAUUUCUAUAAAUGUACUGUACUUUGAACUUAUACUUGUGUUGAAUUUAAACAUGCAUUCAUGACAUUGCUUUUUGUAGAGUACACUCAUAGCUCAUGCAAGGAUUAUAGGGAUGCUGCAGACUAUGCUUGCCUGUUAUUCAUAACAUAAUGUUACAUGUUAAAGUACUGAUAGAAUGGUGCUAAAUCAAACCAGCAGACCAUACCUGAUCCCAGAGGAGGUCUGUAAAAUAAAUGAGUUAUAUAAUCAGUUAACAUCAUAAUGCCAUCUUUUAUGUCUUAAAUAUAUUGCCUUCUGUACAGAUUUGUAAAACAUAACUACUACAUAUCUUACUUAAUUCCUUUAAAAAGAUUUAUUCUCUGCAUCCGUUCUUUUAGUUAACCAUUGUGUAUAAAUUUGACAUGCAUACUGAUCUAUGUAACAACUGUUUGGCUUUGUGUUUUAAAUACAGAAUAUUUGCAGUGA